AUGCUCGACUUCCCCAGCUUCCGGCCGACGGUCGGCGACCACACCAGGUUCAACGAACCGUUUUACCACAACCUCGCUAGGGUCCUCGUCGACGAGUUGCCUUGCUGCCCGCACUGGACCAAGAACACCAGGGAGGUCUUUACCCCGGCGGCGAAGAAAAUCGACCCCGACGCCGUGAGGGAGCAGUUCGACCCGAAAGGCAUUUUUAGGAGCGUCGUCGGCGAGGCUAUCGGUGUCUACUGA